AUGGCUGGGGUAUAUCGUCCCAAGGAUUACCGAAAAGCAUCUGUCUCCCGCGGACCCAGAAUUUGUCUUGGUGCGAGCCGCACCUGUCCUGUGACCCCAAUGAAGUUAGUGACGGUUAUCACCUCCAAAAGUGGGUAUCUCGCCAUUGUGACCAAAACGUUCGCAGCUCUUAAAAAUCUACUUAUUAUGUCUGUGUAA